CGGCGACGGACGCACGUGCCUGUAUCGCGUUCUAAAUUCAAAAUCCCGGACCGCGAUCCGUUUGACCGGCUUUUUAAGUGUGUGCUUUGGAUUAAGAGAAAACAAUUCACAUUUCAACUGUUCCUGACGGAAUGCUUCACGUCGAAACUCCAUUUCAUUCCAAUUCUAAAAUUUAAAAACCUCGCGUUUGCUUUUUUUUAACGAAGUUUGCGUUUAGUGUGUGAAUAUUUGGCGCCAUAUUUUAUGUCAAAACCAUAACUUUUUUUUAAUUGUUUAUUUUUGUGAAACCAGGGACUUUUUUACAAAAUGUUGCGAUACUGGUUGUGUUUCGCGAGUGUGUUGUGCUUGGCGGGUUAUUGUGGUGCUAAUUACUGCAGAGAUGCCAACUUGUGUUGUCCGGGGCGAGACAGCUCCUGUGUCGUGCAGAAAGCGCAUCAAAACGCAAUCAUUGGGGACUUGACUGACAAGCCGUGCUACUGUGACCACGCUUGCCUGAAGUUGGGAGACUGUUGUCCAGAUUUUAGAGAAACUUGUGGAGUAAUCGACUGCGUGGUGUCAGGCUGGGGUCCGUGGUCACCGUGCGACACUACCUGCGGGUCGGGCAGCAUGUUGCGCUCGCGCAGGAUCGUGCAGUCGCCCGCGCACGGCGGCAGACACUGUCCGUCUCUGGUGCAGCGUCGGGCGUGUCAAGAGCACCACGGCUGCUCUGCUGACAGCGACGUUCCUUUGAGAGAGGAGACAGCAAUGAUCCUACCAGGUGGGCUGUCAGUGAGCCGGCACUCCAACGACACCGUCGACAUCCGCAAGAACCUGCGCCUGCGCAACCCAGACGACCCUGAGUCCAACUCGCAUAGAGAAUAUUGCGUCCAGUUUGAGGUCACCAAGGUGUCGAAGGCUUGCCACGCUGACUCUGACUACAAGCCCUUGAGAGAAGGUAGCACGAUUUGCGUGCUCUGCGAGACGGCGGCUUUGCGGCGUGACCUAAAAUGGCGGUGCAGUGGUCACGGCGUGGCGGGCCACGCUACAAGGUUCUACGCACUAGUUGCCCCGCACUGUCACGGCAAAUGGGUUCGCGCGCCGCACACUCCGGAGCGCACAAGUCCGUGCUGUGUUAACCCUGACUUUAUCUUCGUAUAAGUAGAAAUUUCGACUGAGUUUUUUUUUCAUUCUGCAAGUACCUUUUCUGAUUUCUAAACAGCGAAAGUUUCCAUCAAAACAGCAGUUGACUCCCCAAUCAUAUACAGGGUGUUAGUGACAUUGUAAGGAAAAUUUAAAGGGUGAUUCAGAUCAUGAUUCUAAGUUGAUAUCAUGUGGAA